GGAUUAGUGAGGUUGUUUUGAAAUCAAAUAAACAAGAACAAAAUUGUGUACUAUGACAUUAUUUUGAUAUAUGGAUGACAAUUCGAAUCUUCCUCCCUUAAAGGUCAUAUCCAGAGAAGAAUGGGGAGCGAGACCAACAAUCAGUACAAGAAAGUUCAAAGAUUUGCCCUUAAGGUUUGCUGUCCUAUCUCUAACUACGAGGACCAAAGAAUGCAGAAGUUUAGAGGAAUGUUGUCGUAUGAUGAGACGUAUACAACAUAUGGACAUGGCGAAACGAGGCCUUAAAGACAUAAGAUACAAUUUUUACCUUGGAAGCGACGGAAACGCCUACGAAGGUCGAGGGUGGAAAGUGAUUCCCCCAAACAACAACAAGUACCAAGGACGUCAGGGCCAAUACAUACAUAUUGUGUGUAUCGGCGACUUUAGAAGUAGGUUUACAUCAUUAGGAGAAAGGAGCCGCGACCAGUUCCAAUGUACAAAGCCCAGUGGGAUCUCCUUACUCUGGCGACGGAAAAAGAAAUUCUGA